AUUAUUUUGGUUUGAAUCGUUUGUCUAGCGAACUUCCAUUUUAGCGACAGGCUGGCUUCCGCUAGUGCCUUCGGCGUCGCUCCGAUUUCGACAUAGCUUGUUCAGUGCGCUUGAACUUUCGAUGCAUCCCACCAAAGAAGACGCGGAUCGUUCUACAGGGUCCCCAUCCGCGCCGAAAAACCCGUACAAGGACCCCGAUGAUGGCCGCCAGCGCUUUUUGCUGGAGCUGGAAUUUGUGCAGUGUCUAGCCAAUCCAACAUAUAUCCACUAUUUGGCUCAAAAUCGCUAUUUCGAAGAUGAAGCUUUUAUUGGAUACUUAAAGUAUCUUCAGUACUGGCAAAGACCAGAGUACAUAAAGUUCAUUAUGUAUCCACAUUGUCUUUUCUUUCUAGAGCUUCUGCAGAAUGCAAACUUUCGUAAUGCAAUGGCUCAUCCUGGAAGUAAGGAGUUGGCCCACAAACAACAAUACUUCUUCUGGAAGAAUUAUAGGAACAAUAGAUUAAAGCACAUUACACCUCGUCCUCUCCCUGAGCCAGCUGCUGCUGCUCCACCCCCAACUCCACCCGCUCCAGUGCCCCCCAUGCCUGCUGCUUCUGCACCAACCCUCCCCCCAAUGCAAGUUGUUGGACAACCUGGAUCUGCUCCUCCCAAAGUUGACAUGCGAAACAACAUGGUGGAUCGCAGAAAGAGAAAGAAAGAAGGUUGAAAAAUCAAUCAACAUUAAGGAUAAGAAGGGUUACUGAUUACAGCUUCUGUUAAUGGAUUCCGUCUCCAACAUGUCCUCUAGCAAUCUCACAGGGGAGGAACUCUCUCUCACUCAACCAUCUCCCCCCAACAAUAUACAAAAGAUUGCAAUUGAGAAGGGUUGUACCUGGCUCUCUUUUUUUUUUUCCACACGACAGAUAACAAAAGGUCCCACCUUUCUCCGCCGGCGGUAUUCCCUUUUUUCUGUGCCGGCUUCCUUACCUCAAAACCACCUGACCAACCCCAUCUCCCUUCACGCCACAAAGCUUUGGCCUCAACGACAACCUUCCACAGUUCAUGCACCCAAUCGCCCCUUUCCCUCUCUUUCGCACGCUGCCCUACGCCGCCAUGCCCUCCCUACCAAAACCCUUGGGGCUCAUGCUUUAUUUUAUAUCUCCAUCUCUCUCCUCUGGCCUCCCACUCCAUUGACAAAAACAAGAGUAACACCGUGCCAACCUCCCUCUCAAUUUUUGUAAAUAUAGAAGUUUGGAUGUGAAAUAUGCGAAUAGUUAAGUUUUGAGUGAUGUGACUGUAAAAACCCCCAUAAUUAAAUUAUC